UAUACUAGCACAUCCUGAGACUCUGAGGUAGAGACUGAGAGACAGAUCUAGACAGAGACAGAUAUAGAGAGGUCAUAAAGAGAGAGUGGCAAGGAGAUCGAGACACAGAAGUAGACAGGGACAGAGAGGGAGACAUGGAGAUGGAGAAGGAGACAGUCAGGCAGAGAUAGCUAUGAAUUGAUAGCGGAAGUGAGACAAACAAGGAGCAAAAGGGAAAAUUUGAUACAAAAGGGAGACAGGUUGAUAGUCAGAAAGAGACAAGAGUAGGAGAGAGAAGAGACAAGGAUAUACAAAACAGCAGAGUCAGGAACACCGGUAGUGAGACUCACAUAUAAAGUCGGAGAAAAUACGUCAGAGACUGGGUGAGACACAAAACCAGAGAGAAAGAUAUCAGCAUAGCAACAGGCAGUGUCAGGAGAAAAAAAUCAGACAAAUAGAGACAACACAGUGACUGAUGCUAAAACAGAGGGGAGGGAAGAAAGGGAAGCUCAGAAAAACAAGGAGAGGGUUGAAAAAGAAAGGCAUCCAGGCAUAGAUACAGUCACAAUAAUAUCAAAAAAAAGAAAAGGAGGGCAAAUACGGAAGAGACAGGGUGGAAGUGAAACAUAGAGAAACUGACAGAGAAAGAGAAAAAGAGGGACUCGGAAACAUAGAGAUUGGACACAAAGAGAUUCCUCCCUGAGGAAGCAGGAGGCAGCGAGAAAGGGAAGAAGGCCGCAGGAGAAAGAAAACCAGGUGCCUGUGUCCUUUAGUGACAUUGGGGAGUGGAGCAGGUUGUCUCUCUUCAGUUUCUCUGGGAACUUCUGUCAGGAUUUGGAGGGUGAUGGCGUUAAUCCCUCAAACAGCUGGAGUGUUGUUCAAAACUAUUCGAGUCCUGCUGCCCAACCAAGCUCGCAGGAGGAGCAAACGCAACCAGCCUCGACACAGCACUAAAGCACUAAAGCAACGUUUCCUGAAAAUCUUACCUUGCUGUCGGCCUAGGCUGGUCCCCUCACUCAGUGAAUACAGCAUUGAGGAUGAAUUUGAACCAUCCACAGUAUGUCACCGACCUGAAGGCCUGGAACAGCUUCAAGGGCAAACCAAGUUCACCAAGAAGGAACUCCAGGUCCUCUAUCGGGGCUUCAAAACUGAGUGCCCCAGUGGUGUUGUUAACGAAGAAACAUUUAAACAGAUUUAUUCCCAGUUCUUCCCUCAAGGAGACUCCAGCAUGUAUGCACACUUUCUAUUCAAUGCCUUUGACACAGACCACAAUGGCUCCGUCAGUUUCGAGAACUUUGUGACAGGUUUGUCUGUCAUUCUCCGUGGCUCUAUUGAAGACAAACUCAGCUGGGCAUUCAACUUGUAUGAUUUAAAUAAAGACGGCUGCAUAACCAGAGAGGAAAUGCUGGAUAUUAUGAAAUCCAUUUACGACAUGAUGGGAAAGUACACCUAUCCAACAGUGAGGGAGGAAUCACCACAGGAACACGUGGAAAGCUUCUUCCAGAAAAUGGACAAGAAUCGAGAUGGUGUUGUCACCGUUGAGGAGUUUAUCGAAACCUGUCAGAAGGAUGAAAAUAUCAUGAAGUCAAUGCAGCUUUUCGAGAAUGUUAUCUAGAGGUCACAAAUUGACCUCUGACUCCUUGCCCUCCUCCUUUGGCAGUUGCCUUGAUCGGAAAACUUUUACUCGGGUUCUGGAUUUGUCCACUGGGGACCUACACCUUCUCUGAUCAUAACUCCUGUGUUUGUGGUGGGAGAAGUUAGAUUGUAGGACUUUCCAAUAAGCACUGAGAGAGGGGAGGAGUAAAGGACCCAUGCGGCACACACUUUGUAUUUUUCUCAGAAUCCAAGAACUGCUUGAGAAUGUGAAGGGUGUGUGGCACCAACAAUUUUCCUGGAAAUGUGGCUGAGAGACUCACAUGCCAGGAGAUACACUUCGAAGAUGGGCUGCUCUUCACAGCAUGUUACUAUAACAAACUAUUAGCAUCUGUAUACAAAUAAUACCAGAUAUAUGGUACCAAAACUAGUAAAAAGUGCUAUCUGUGUUCCAUCCAUCAUCUGCUAGAAAACACUGGGCCCACUGACCAAAAUCUUCUCAUUGUCAAAAAGGCUUUACUGCCCUUUCAGUUCUCCAAUAACAUCCCGACUGUUUGAAUCAAACUGACAUACAAAAAUACAGACGGAGCUCUAAUCUGUACCUAAUCCUGUGCUGUAAAUGUCCUGGAAGUGUUUGACGGGGAUAGUCUAGAGAACUUUACUCUGUAUCUAACCCUGUGCUGUACCUGUUAUGGGAGCUUCUGGUUGGAUCAGUGUAGAGGGAGCUUUGCUCUUAAUCUGACCCAGUGCUAUACCUACCCUGAAAGCAGUAGGACAGUGUUGAGAGAGAUUUACUCAGUGUCUAACACCGUGUUGCCCCUGCCUUGAGAGUAUUUGAUGGGGAUAUUGCAGAGGUAGUUUUACUCUGUAUCUAACCUCGUGCUGUAACUACCCUGGGAGUGUUCGAUGGGGACAGUGUAAAGAAACUUUACCCUGUAUCUAAACACAUGCAAUAACUGCCCUGAAAGUGUUUGAUGGGUCAGUGUAGAGGGAGUUUUAUUCUGUACCUAGCCCUGUGUAGUAACUCCCCUGGGAAUGUUUAAUGGGUCAGUGUAGAGGGAGUUUUAUUCUAUAUCUAACCUCUCUUGUGAGCGGGUGAGGGGGCCAGGGGUUACGUUACAGUUGACAAUUGGUAUUUGGUGCUUAAAUAAGUAAGAGCUUCCAUCUCUUAGUUGAACAUCCCUGCCAUUUUUGAAAGUGUUCAAUCAGAAGUUUCUAUACAUUCUCACAAUUUCAGAUUUGUCUCAAAUUUUCAAAUAAUUUAAAGAGCCCUCAUUUAUUAUUUGCAGUGAUGCUUCACCAUAUCACCUGUGGUGUCCAGCAGGGUUGGAAUCAGUGUUCUGCUGAUCUACAAUAACCGCCAAUGAGAAUGCUGACUGCAUGAAAACAGGAUGAAAAACUGAGCAAUAUCGUUCAAUAUUUACAUCAAUAUAAAAAGGAAAUUGGCUCAACAUUGGAUGAUCAUUACUUGUGGAAUGUAAAAGUCAGCAUUACUACAACAAUAGCUUACAUUUAUAUAGGGCCUUUGACAAGGCAAAAAUCUCAAGAGCAUUAUCAAAAACAUUGGCCUGAAGCUGCACGAACAGAUGUGGACAUGGUGAGGAGUUUUCAAGGACAAUUUUAAAACAGUAAAGAGAGUUGGCAAUAAGUUUUGAUGAGGGUUGAGUUUAGAGUUAGAAAGUGAGUGAUGUGCAAAGGCUAAAGCUGGAGGAAUGUCAGGAUACAGGAGGGUGGGAAUAGACUACCCAGAUAGGGUGGAUCAAAAUCAUGAAAGGAUUUGAACACCAAGGUUAAGAAUGAAAAAUGAAAGAGAUCCCUUUAAGAGACAAAACCUUAGCCUAAUAACCCAAGGUAAGGUUUAAUAGAAUGGAUAUUAAGUCGGUCUAGUCUCAGAGUAUACCACCGGCACUAUUAAGCUCUGUCAAUGGUCCUGCCUGUACCCAUUACCUAGGUGUUCCAGGAGACAUGAAAGAAAGGAGAAAAAUCAAAUCAUCGCAGGCCUGUGGCCUGAAGUAGACUGUCAUAGACCCAAGCCUGCACUUGCCAGUGCGCAAUAAGCAAGCGCUACUUUUUAAAUGCUGGGCAGAGAUUAUUGACAGAGACUCACAGCAUUUACCCCCUACCAUUGAGUUCCAAGUGACAGAAGUCAUAAAGGAUGAAUGGGGAAAGUUAUCCCCUGCCCUGAGGGAACAUGAAUCUCAAUGGAUGCAAUUCAACAAUGGCGCCAUUAGAAGGAAAUGUCACAGAAAACAGAAAUGUAUUGCCAAAGUUUAUUGUCUUAUUCUCAUCAGGACAAAUGCAAGAAUGCCAAAUAUUCCCCCCUCCAUGGCAACACCUCAGUUAAUAAGCGAUGUCUAGCCAAUCAAUCAGCAUCUUCAGUUUUUUCCUCCAGCAGUGUAAAUUUUUGUGAGUAAUUUGAAAAUUGGCAUUCUUCCAAUUAUCUUGAAGAACAAUAAACAAAACUGUUUAAGAAAGAUGUCCCUAUUUUCAGUGAUAUUUGAGUUCUGGAUAACCAAGUGAUCUUUAAAUAGGUGACAAUGCUUGGGGUAGGACGGUGGAAAACUUUUGAUAAACAAAAGGGGUGCAAGGGCAGGGUGUGAGUGGCUAUGUAACAUUGUGGAACAAAGGGGCCUCAGAAGCCACAUUUCCAAAAUCUUUCAACAAACUGUUUUCCACUAUUCCUGUUGGUUUUGAAGGUUGAACUCAGGAACACGUCAUAUUUCUGGGACCCCAGAAUGUGAACCUGAAUUGCGACAGUCAGGUCAAUACUUUGGGAGUGCAAGGCCUUUGGAAUUAUUGAUUGGGUCUGUUUACAAAUUUUAACCAUUUGAUUGCUUUCCUGUCAUAUAGCCCUCUGCAUCACACAGUUACACAACUCGUAAAACUGUUUAGCAUGAUAGACAAAGACUUAACUCGAGUCUCCUGCUCCACAUAUGAAGAAAGCUUUUUAUUGGGUCUUGCUGUUAAUCAACACAGAAAACUAAACAAAAGGCAGAAUUUAGAUUGGGGUUUCAGAUCUGGCUGAUGCUUUUGUGAAUGCUAGGUGGUUCACUAAUGCCCUUUAGGGAAGGAAACUGCCAUCCUUACCUGGUCCGACCUACGUGACUCCGGAUCCACAGCAAUGUGGUUGACUCUUAACUGCCCUCUGGGCAAUUAGGGAUGGGCAAUAAAUGCUGCCCAGCCAGCAACGCCCUCAUCCUGCGAAUGAAUAAAGGAAAAAAAAUUUGAACAGCACUGCAAUGAUUUUGAGCUCUGUUUGAGUAAGUUGACACAAGACAGGAACAGGGUGAGGAGAGCAAAAGUGUAACAAAAUAUAUCCAUAAACUUCUGCCACUCCAGAAAUGAAGGACUUUACUUGAUUGGAGAAGCUAAGCUGUUCUAUUCAGAGAAGAGAAUGUCAAGAGGGAACUUACUGGAAAGAGAAACCAUAAAACUUACAGAUAUUGUUCUAACUCAUCUUGUAUAACUCAGGCUUAAUAUGACCAGUGCACUUUUUUCCAGUUUUUACGAUGCUUAUCCUCCAGAUAGAAGCAUUCACAAUCAUAAAGAGGCCGGAGAGAGAUAGGCAGAGGGUUAGAACCAGAGGUCACUGGUAUAGGGGGACUGCUAAAAGAACCAACAGUGACAUAGAGGAUUUUUUUAAACCAUCUGGAAUACAGAAAGCAGUGGGGAAAUUCAGCAGGUCUGGCAGCAUCUGUGAAGAGAGAAACUUUUCUGGAAGUGUUUAUUGGAAAUAUGUAUAAGGAUCUUUACUUACAUUUGAAAUGGUUAGAAGGAGCUUUACCCUGUAUCUGACUCCAUGUUGUACCUGUCCUGGGAGUGUUUGAUGGGGACAUUGUCAAAGGAACCUUAUUCUGGAUUUAACACAUGCUUUACAUGUUGUGGUGGAGUGUUUGAAGGGGACAGUGUAGAGGAUGCUUCACUCUGUAUCAACCCGUGUGCUGUUUCUGUCCUGGCAAUGUUUGGUGCGGACAGUGUAGAAAGAACCUUAAACUGAAUCUACCUUGUGCUGAAACUGUCUUGGGAGAGUUUGAUGGGGACAGUGUGAGCUUUACUCUACAUCUAAUCCUGUGCUGUACAUGUCCUAGGGCUGUUUGAUGAGGACAAUGUAGAGGGUGCUUUACUCUGUAACUAACCCUGUGCUGUAGUGUUCCAUUUCCUCAUACCCGAAAAACAACAUUGAGCAAAACACAAACGAUUAAUGAAGAAAGCAUAGCUCUGAGUGACUGCUGUUGUUUCCAUAUGGUUCAGGGAGUCGUCUGUACUCACCUAUUCUGCUGCCUGAUUCAUCUUCAGUAUCCACCCUGGGCAGUCUGAAUGUGGUCACUGAGUCCACCAUAGGCACUAGGUGAUCCAAGGAAAUCAGCAGGAUCUGUCUUUCACCAGAGAUCAUAAGACGUUACUGCGAAAGUCGGCCAUUCAGCCAAUCACUGACAUCAUUGCUGAUCUGAUAAACAUCAACUCCACUCUCUUGCCUUUCCCCCAUUACCCUUGAUUCCCUUACCGGUUAAAAGUCUGUCUAUCUCAGCCUUGAAUAAUGACCAAGCCUCAAUAGUCCUCUGUGGUAAAGAAUUCCACAGAUUCACUACCUUUUGAGAGAAGAAAUUCCUCCUCAUCUCUGCCUUAAAUGUGCGACCCCUUAUUCUGGAGUAGAGAUGAUAUGAAAUGUAAUGAUGGAAUACUGUGCCCUUUGGCUGUGAGCAAUGAUUUCAUUCAUACAUUGCCUGAGUGGUCCAACUGGUGUUCAUGGCCCCUGUAAGAGUCCAAUAUGUGAGUUCUGUGAGGUAUCUUUUUCCUUUGGCAGUUCCUAGGAAACUCUCUCUUUCCCCCCACCCCCUCCAAGACAUCUAGCAUCUACCUUUGAAAUCUGCACAAAAUCUCUCACGUUCUGUCCAUCCGGAUUUGCCCAGAGGUCCCAAGAGAGCUGCACCUACCCCAAUCCCUCAAGUGAAGAAUAAAUCAUCACUCUGUGAUAGACAAGUCUGCAUGGAUAUUAUAUAGGCCAUGUCCCUACUGCUGUGAUGCUCCAUUCCUGGCCACAGAACAGCGACUGCUCCCCAGACCCGCUCGCCCUACCAUCCAUUCACCUACACUUUCUCUCAAGAGACACAUGAGCAAAGCAUCCGUCUCUGCCAAGGGUCUCAGCAAAUCUGCGUGACGUCCAACUUGCAUCAUGAAUCUGGACAAUGAACCUUAUAUGAGGGUUUGUGAUGGCAUGUACUGUUUCAAUCAUGUACCGAGGUCAUUCUGUAAUUUCAAUGUGCAAGGAUCUCCUUUGCUCUGCUAGAUUAACUGCUUAGCCAUCCAAAUAUGUAUAUUUUGUAAGGAAAAUGAAUAAAAAUAAUAAUUGCUAUGCAACACAAAA